CCCGGAAUAAGCGGAUGAGAAUGGAUGGAUGGAUAUGAUGCAAACACAUAGCAGGGGUGGUCCUACCUAUGGCAGGAAAAUGAUGACUGGGAGUCUUGCAGCUGCAGCUGUCUUCGCAUCAGAGGGUCGUGUUGGAGCUGUUUUGCGCAACAUUCACCCACCUUACCAUAAGGCACGAUGCCAGGGAGCAAGGAACCUCAACCCUCUUCCUUACCAUGCAGCCUAUGUGGGUCACAAAAUCCACAUGGACCAAAAUGAGAAGAUUGUCAUGUUUGGCGUGACUCAUGUGCUGGCAAUAGAUGGCUUCUCCAGCAAAAUUGUUGGACAAGCUACUAUGCCUGUAAAGAACAACCUCACCAUCUACAAUGACGUUUACAGGAGUGCAGUAAUGGAAUAUGGGAUGUGGGACCAGGUCAGAGUGGAUCAUGGAAAGGAGUUCUACCUCACUCUUUUCAUGCAGGAGAAGUUGGCCAGCCACCGCCACAACACUGAAAGGCCACCAUAUCUCCAAACACCAUCGACAAAGAAUCACAGAAUCGAGAGAAUCUGGCCAGAAAUCAACAACCGGGUUAACUACCCAUUGAAAGCUGCAUUGGUCCAACUGGUGGAUCAGGAGGAGCUGGACAUGGAGGACCAGAUGACUCGGUUCUGUGUGUCAUCUUUGACAUGCCAGUUGGCCCAGAUCGGUGUUAACCGACCUGUGCAAGCAUGGAAUGCACACAGGAUUCCUGGGAGGGGGAUCCCAAAUUACUUGGCCAGAGAUGGAUGCCCAAAGAAGCUGUCGACAGACCUUUUGCCAAAUGCAUCUGUGGCUGCAGACUGGUACGACCAGGAAGUGGGCUCACUGACAGAGUGUCAGACUUUGGCACCAACCCAUUUCCAAGUUCACAGGACCAGGAAGCUGCAGUGAGGGAAUUUGCUCUGCAGUGCCCUGAUACAAGUGUACUGCUGGACAAUGCAGUGAAUAAUCUGCCAC